UAGAAGUUCGCGAUCACGUUUUGACGUCUCUCCCGUUACGUCGCCGCACCUCUGCUCCAUCUACUUCGUUGCCAUUCUCCUCUUCUCCGCUGUCGCCAUUUCCCCGCGCAGGAGACGGAGAGAGGAGUGUAAAAUUUGUGCAAUUUAUUGUUUAUUAAGAUAAAUUGACAGACAGAUUCACAGACCAACAGGACCGGUGAAAUUCGCGGAGACGCGCUCGCGCGGCGAGGCAGGUGAAACGCAACAACGAGGCAACAGACGAGAGUGCACACGGUGCAAUUGCAUUCCAACAAAGCACAGAACGUGCAUGUACAAAGAAGUCCGGAGCUUUUACUUUUAUUUUAUCAUUUAUUUCAUUAGUUUAAAUUUAACUAUGGCCGAAGGAAAUGGGGAACUCAAAAUGGAAGAAAAGCAGUCGAAGGAGGAAAUGGAGUACGUGGAAAGAACGGAGGAUUACGCAAAGCUUAUUCAGUAUGGACUCGGCGAAAAAGUGGCUGCUAAAUUAGAUGAAAUUUAUAAAACUGGUAAACUUGCUCAUGUCGACCUCGACGAGAGAGCUCUGGACGCCCUCAGAGAAUUUCCUGUUGAUGGAGCGCUACAUGUUCUCACGCAGUUUUUGGAAUCCAAUCUUGAACAUGUGUCAAAUAAAUCCGCGUAUCUUUGUGGCGUUAUGAAGACCUAUAGACAAAAAAGUAGGGCAGGCCAGAGUACGGGAACUAGUACAACUCCCAAAGCUCCAGAUGAAGACAAAAUUAAGAUGAUACUCGAAAGGACCGGCUACCCAUUAGAUGUGACCACUGGUCAACGAAAAUAUGGUGGUCCGCCUCCAAAUUGGGAAGGACCUACUCCUGGAAAUGGUUGUGAGGUAUUCUGUGGAAAAAUACCUAAAGACAUGUAUGAAGAUGAAUUAAUUCCACUUUUUGAAAAGUGUGGAAAAAUCUGGGAUUUGAGGCUUAUGAUGGAUCCUAUGUCUGGUACCAACAGAGGAUAUGCUUUUAUUACUUUUACUAAUCGUGAAGCAGCACAACAAGCAGUUAGAGAGCUGAAUGAUUAUGAGAUUCGGAAAGGCAAAAAGAUUGGUGUUACCGUAUCUUAUAACAAUCACCGCUUGUUUGUGGGAAAUAUUCCAAAGAAUCGAGACCGAGAUGACUUGUUCGAAGAGUUUACAAAGCACGCACCCGGCCUGACCGAGGUGAUAAUCUACAGUUCGCCUGAUGAUAAAAAGAAAAACAGAGGAUUUUGCUUUUUGGAAUAUGAAUCUCAUAAAGCAGCCUCUUUGGCGAAAAGAAGACUCAGCACAGGUCGUAUCAAGGUCUGGGGCUGUGAUAUUAUAGUAGAUUGGGCUGAUCCUCAGGAGGAACCCGACGAACAAACUAUGGCUAAAGUAAGAGUGCUUUAUGUUAGAAAUUUGACACAAGAUUGUUCAGAAGAAAAAUUGAAGGAGUGCUUCGAGCAGUAUGGAAAAAUUGACAGGGUGAAGAAGAUCAAAGAUUAUGCAUUUGUACAUUUUGAAGAUAGAGAUAACGCUGUUAAGGCAAUGCGGGAACUUCAUGGAAAAGAAAUUGGCGGCUCUCACAUAGAAGUUGCUUUGGCAAAACCACCAUUCGAUAAAAAGAAAAAAGAAGACAUGCUGAGAGCAAGGGAAAGAAGAAUGAUGCAGAUGUUGCAAGGACGUGGCGGAAGUUCUCCAUCACAUCCGAGCAUGAUUGGCGGACCUAUGCCAGUUCGAGGAUCUGGUCAAGGUCCUCGAGGAGCUGCCGGAAGCAUGAGACCACCCAUGGGUCGCGGUGAUUACACUCUCAAGGAAAUAGAUUAUGAUUACGACUAUUACGGUUAUGGGGAUUAUCGAGGUGGCUACAGUGAUCCAUAUUACGAUGACUAUUAUCGAUACGAAGAUUACUAUUUCGAUUUUGCGCCGCCUCCGCCGCCUGCCAGAGGGAGAGGCAGGCAGCCUCAACCGGCUGGCCGUUGCCGUGGACCGGUAGCCCGUGGCCGAGUGGUCGGUGGCCCCCAAACCCGUGGCCCAGUCAGGGGGGGACGCAUCCCCGCAACAUCAGGGGUCCGUGGGGCCCAGCGGCCAGCCGCUCGUGGGGGGGUCCGCGCCAAGGGAAGUUUACCAGGUGAGGAUGCAGGUAAGCGAAAGUUUGACGGGGGUCACCAGAACCAGGGGGAAUCUAAACGUCGCUUCCAGAGCAGCUGGGGAAACCAGCCCCUCGCCCAACAACCACUGGGCAAUACGUACGGAUUGGCGAGUGUAAACGGUGGCGGUGGCGGUGGUAGUGGCGUCAGUUUUACGGAUAGAUCAGGAGCAACAGGCGCUACAGCCGGUGAUGAUUACGAGUGGUAUCAAGACUUUUCCAACUCGUGGAGCUAACUUUCGCCGGUUAUCUGCGAUGCAACCAAUUCAUUUAAUCGAAUUGAAAUACACUGAUUAUUAAAUUUUAAUAUAAAACUAAAUAUUAUAAAUUUAAAAAAAAAAAAAAAGACGGACAUUUAACGCAUUCCGGCGUUGUAAUGAGCCUCGAAUUACGUGCAACAAAAAACUCAUGAAAGACAAAAAGAAAUUUUAAAAAGUAUAAAAAAAAUGUUUAUAGAGAACAAAAAUAUGUUACAGCGCUGAUCCAUCGUUUCAAAAAAAAAAAAAGAAAAAAACUAAUAUCCGAACUCGCGAGUUUUCCUCUCGCUCAGAGGAUCGCAAGAUUUGCAUAAGGAGAGAGAGAAUUAAAAGAAUGAUAAUUUUUUGUUUAGAAGGGCGAGAGCAAAAGAUUCUUCAAAUUUUUAACAUCCAUCCGUCAACGAUGCUGCUUCUCAUCUCGCGAUUAAUAUAGUAAUUGUAAAUGUAACUUUUUGAUUCUCAAACGUCAAGUAAAAAUGUAAUAUUAGGUGAUAAAAGAGUUGUAAAUGCGCGCGAGAGGUCGAAAAAAUUUAAACAUAAAAAAAUUAUAGAUGAUUUAGAGUCAAAAUAAAUGCCACACCACCGUCGUCCACCGCGCGCAGUUGUUGUGAUUUUUAUGUACAGUGAUGUGCCACUGGGACUUUAUUAUUACAUCGGAGUGACCACCCACCCACCCCGUACUAUUAUUAAUAAUAUAAAUUGUAAUAUCGUAAUCGUAAGGUAACCACUACUGCAUUGUCACAUUGUUUACUGCCAAGCGAGAGAGUGAUUUAGGAUGAUUAAAAACGCGCAAAUAUGCUUAAAUGUUAAUUGAGAUAAAAGAAAAACAUAAGAAAUUGGAAAAAAAAUGUUUUGAAGUGAUAAUUAGAUAUGUUAACAAUUUUGGAUUGUGAUGGUUCGUAUUUAAGUUAAGCGGUUAUAAAAAAAAAGCGUGAUAGCUCGUGGUUGUAGUAGCAAUGUUUUUCGAGUUAUGUUUUGUUUGUUUGUUUUUUUUUUAUUUCAAAAAAGAGAAAAGACUACUCAUUGCAUGGAUAGGGGAGGGUUGAUUGGAACGAUAAGAUUAGUAAAAAUGCGUGAAAGAGAGCGAACGUUAAAAUUUAUAGGAAUGAGUGAGUGUUAGUGAACAGACGUUUGGAAGACUAAGAAAAAUUGUUGUACAAGCAUAUGUGGUUAGUCAAGAAAAAAGAGCGCGUCUAGAAUAAUAAGAAAAAUUAAAGGGCAUCCCCCUGAUAUGUGUGCAUGUAUGCGUCGUAAAAAAGAUUAAGAGUGCGCGCCAAGCGCCGUUAGACCUUCUAUUGUUGGUCUAUAAUAAUGUGUACAGUCAGUGAAACUAUUAUUAUUAAGGGUCAGGAAAGUUUUCGGCUGCAAAAACGUUGACAAUCGAUAUAGUGUUUGUCAAUGUUUUUGCACUGGCGAAUUGUUCUUUAACUUUUGUUUUUUCUUAUUUUUUAUUAUCGUGAUUAUGACAUUAGUUCAUACACGAUUGAUGUGAUCAAUUCGAGUUCGAGAGGGAGAGAGAGAGUGAGAAAGGAAGAAAGAGAGAGAGAGCGAAAGAGAGAAGAAAAAAAUGGUAUUGCUCACAUAUUGAUGAGACUAAAAAAAAUUGUGAGAUAUAUAGAAAAGUGAUUUGUACAUUUUAAAAUGAAUUUCAAUGGCAGUAUCCAUUUCAAAAAUGGAUAAAAAAAUUUUUUAGAUCAUUCAUCUCUAAAUUAUAUUCUGUAUACUGUAUUUAUUUGAACGCAUUUUUUUACAAAAUGCGUUUUCUUUUUAUAAAAAAAUUAAGAUGAAUUUUUAAUAUUGCCUGAUGGAAAUUGGAUAUAAUCCAAGGCAAAAUAUUUUUUAAAUGAGAUAAAAAAAAAGGCGCGACUAUUGCGUCUCGAAUUUGUUAUAAUUCGAACUCGACUGGCAACCGAAUUGAUAAUGAUAGUUACAGAUUGAGAAAAAAUUAGUGAUGCUUAAAAGCGUAUACGGAAUUAUGCAUGAGAAAAAUUCUUAAGAAAAAAGGAAAAAAAAACACAUACAAGCGCACGACUUUUUGAGUGUUGAGACUCGUUGUUAUUGUUAGCCUGUUAGUUAAUUAGUAAGAGUUGUAAGUGCGGGUUGUAAGUUGGUCCCUGUCCCUGGAGCCCAAACAUCCCCCCUGUUCUGGAGAUAACAAAAAAAAUAUUUCAAACUAAAAACGGAUAUGCAAAUGCAAAAAUAACGAUUAUGACAAAAAAAAUAUAUCGAAAAGAAUACAAAACUAAUCUACAUGAUAAUCUGAUAUAAUAGCCGUGAGAAAAAGAAAGACAGCAAUUAAAUAAAUAAAAAUAAUAAAAAAUAAAAAAUUAACGGAUAUUAGGAAUAUCAAUGGAAUAGAAAAAAAAAAUGCAACGCUGACACACGCACCCGCUGAGAAGUGAAAUUGAUUUUUCAGAUGUAAAGAAAAAUUGACAACAAAAAAAAAACAAUCAAUUAACAUAAACAUAAAAAAAACAAAAAAAUAAUGCAGAUGGAGUUGAAACAACUGACAAUCGAUUAGCCCUGUUUAUUAUUAUAUUAUAAUUAAUUAAUUAUCAAUUAUUUUUACAACAAAUUUAAUUGCCGAGCACUAACAACUGUUUAAAGAAAAAAAAGAGUAGAUGAAGAAACCCCCUUUUCACUGGUCUUGUGUCCCCAUGCAAUCAGACAAUUUGUAAAUGAAUGCAGCACAAUUAUGGACGUAUACAGUUUACAGAAAAAAAUUAAAAAAUAAUAAAAAAAAAACAAAAAAAAAAUAAUGAUCAUAAAUAUUGGCUAUCAAACUAACUUUGAGUACAUAUUAAUAAAUAUUCAUGGAUAAUCUAACAAUGAACAAUUAAAUCUUAAUGGGAUUUGCAUCGUAAGAGUAGAUAGAAAUUGAUGCAUUUGACAUCCAAGCAUAAGAAAAAAUAUGGCGAUAAAUGUUUAAAAAAAAAAAAACGAAAAUAAUCGCUCGCAAACCCUUUUUUAUUUAUGAGCAUGUUUUGUUACUUUUUAUUCAUGUUUUACUUAAUUAUAAUCUUGUUUGCCCCCGACCACAAUUAUUAUAGAUUAACUUUAUAUUGAAAGUUAUAAUGAAAAAUACCAUCAAAUUAAAUGGAAGGGGGUUAGAUCGCAACUAGUUAUUAUAAUAUUAAUGAUUGAUUGAUUAAUAAUCCCCCGCAAAGAUGGAAGAAAUGAAAUUCCCUGUAUCCCUGCCUUAUUAAUUAUUAUUUGCCUCAUAUUUUACAACAAUAAUCAUUGUACAAGAUCUGUAUUGUCGUGAAAUUUAUUCUUUUUUUCAUUUAAAUUAAUUAUAAUUACCUAUUUUACCUAAAAGACCGUGAAAAUAAUACUAUACCCACGUCCUAAAAUCCUUUUUUUAUUUUACCUUCCUACCUAUUUAUGAAAGCAUAAUAUUGAGGAUAUAAUAAUAUUAAUAUUAACAAUAUAAUAAGGAUGCUAUUGCUAAUCAUACUGAGUGGGUUUUUGUGACAUGAUAAAUAUUUCCGUAUAAACAAUAUUAAAAAAUAAAAAAAGCGAGGAAAAAUACCUUAUGCAGUAAAUUAAGGAGAUACCAAACAUAUAAGGGAUUAAUAAAAAAAAUUGAAAUUAAAUUAUACCUUCUUUACUAAGAAAUUCAAUUGUAAUUGAUCUAAAAAAAAACGUAUAAAAAUAUUAAUAGUUGGAUUGUAAAAGGCAAAAUGUAAUAGAAAAAAAAUCUAAAAAUUAUUAUUGAUGAUGUAGAUUGUUCGACUUGCGGGGGCAAGGAAACCACAAGUGGCGAGAGGCUGAGGCAGCUCACGGUGACGAGACUUUAGACUGAUCUAGGUACUAGCGUUAUAAUAUUGACCCUAGCCCGUUAACCCGGACGCUUCGAAUGCUUACAUUCUUUUUUUUUCACCUCAACCCUCAAUCACCUCCUUUGUUCCUUUUAGUUUUUAAUCUUUAUCAUUCCUACCUCCUUGGAAUCCUUCCAAAGUCCUCUAUUUUGUUGCAAACAAAUUUGUAUUUCAUACAAGCAUUUGGAGCGCCUGAGGGGGUCGAAGGUCGCAUUUAGGAUAAUGCACCACUGUGACUGGCGAUGCCCCGGACCGCGCGCCCUAUUACUUUUCUAUUUUUUCUACUUUAUUGUUUUUCUCUAAUUUUUGGCAAAUGUCCUAAUUUACUCGCGACCAAGCGCAUCUGCUGGGAUACUAUAAUAUAUUAGUAGACUAAUAAGAUGAUGAAUUUUUUUUUCCUAUCUUUCUUUCUCUUUCAUAAGUCGCGUGGGCAUAUUUCUGAAAGAAUGAACAUCUUUGUGGAAGAAAUUUCUAUCUAUUGAAUUGGAGCUAGUAAAGUAAAAUAAUUAAAA